UGUGACAAGUGACAUGUAUGUGUUUCGUCAAUGAAAGAAAUCGAACUUCAGUGUGUCGGGAGAUGUCCCGCGCAAAAACGUUGAUAGUUUAACGUUGGACAAGUUUAUUUUUUUCAGUAGUAAAUAAUAUUUUAACAUCUGAAUGUUCACUGUUAAAGAGUUAUGGGUUCAAUAACAGUCACAUUCCCACUUGGUGGACAACCAGGAAAAAUAAUAAAAUGGAGGGUUCGAAUGGAUACGAUGGUUUCAGCGGGCCGAGUAUUGUUUUUAUAUCAAAACAUAGCUCCUGGAACAGAAGAUAUCAAGGGUCCUGAGAAAAAAUAUAGGGCCACGCGAUUUGGCCGCGUUACAGAGCUUCUAGCAAAAGAAGGAGAUAUUGUUCAACCUGGGCAAGUGAUAAUGAUAUUAGAAGGAUGUCGGCAUCCUACUGUAAUGAAGGAUUUAUGUGCUGAAUGUGGUGUAGAUUUAAGGGUUGAAGGAGUUGGUAAACAGAGCAAGAAUGUAGAAAUAUCCCAAGCCAGUGUGCCAAUGGUACAUAGUGUACCAGAACUAAAAGUGUGCCCAGAAUUGGCUGAAAAAAUUGGGAAAGAAGAUGAACAACGUCUUUUAAAUGAUCGCAAGUUAGCAUUACUUGUUGAUCUUGACCAAACAAUUGUUCAUACAACAAAUGAUAACGUACCUCCAAAUAUGAAGGAUGUUUAUCAUUAUCAAUUAUACGGACCAAGUUCCCCAUGGUAUCACACCCGCUUAAGGCCUCAUACAAGACAUUUUCUUUCUGAAAUGAGUCGUUUAUAUGAACUACAUAUAUGUACAUUUGGGGCAAGAAAUUAUGCACAUACUGUAGCAGGAUUGUUAGAUAAUGAUGGAACUUUAUUUUCUCAUAGAAUACUAUCAAGAGAUGAAUGUUUUGAUCCUGCAUCGAAAACAGCUAAUCUCAAAGCCUUGUUUCCCUGUGGAGAUGACUUAGUAUGUAUUAUAGAUGAUAGGGAGGAUGUUUGGCAAGGGUGUGGUAAUUUGGUCCAAGUCAAACCCUAUCAUUUUUUUCGACAUACUGGUGAUAUACAUGCACCACCAGGUUUAGAAAAAAAUGAUGUACCAACUUUACCUGAAUUACAAAAUACAAAUGAUCUUUGUAUGGAAGGAAAUCAAAAUGAGACUGACAAAAAUGGUGCAUUAGAAUUACAGAAAGAAAGGAUUACAGUAGAUAAUAGUUCUGAAAAAGAGACACAGGAAACGAUUGAAGAUAAGGAAAAUAUAUGUGAAUCUAAAGAAAAAAACAAUGAAAACACCAAAGAUGAUACUAAGGACAACAUCGAUCAAAAUCCGAAUUCUACUAAUGAAAACAAAGAUAUUAAAGUGUCAGAAGAGAAGGACGAAAAUAAAGAUAAUGAAACAGUAGAAAAUAAAAAUGAAAGCAAUAAGACAUCAGAAGAAAAUGAUGAAAACGAAGAUAAGCAAAAAGAAGAAAAAGAAUGCAUAGCAGCACUGACAGAGGCAACACAAGAUAUUAAAAAAGAUGAUAUAAAGUACACUGAAAAUAAUGUUGUAGAUGAAGAUGAUGAUGAUUAUUUAUUAUAUUUGGAAGAUAUUCUUCGAAGGAUUCAUGCUGAGUUUUAUACAAAUUUUGAUAUAGAAAAUGGACGCAAAUCGUUGAGGGAUAUUAUUCCACGAGUACGAGCACAAGUAUUGAAAGGAGUACAUUUAACUUUCAGUGGACUAAUACCUACUAAUCAAAAACUUCAUCAAAGUCGUGCAUAUAAAGUUGCUAGAGCAUUUGGGGCAGAAGUAGCACAAGAUUUAUCAGAUAAAACUACACAUUUAGUAGCUAUUAGACCUGGCACUGCUAAAGUUAAUGCAGCUAAGAAAAAUGGCACUAUUAAAAUUGUAAAUCCAGAUUGGCUUUGGACUUGUGCAGAACGUUGGGAACACGUUGAUGAACGUUUAUUUCCACUGACUAUAAAGGCACGUGCUUCUAGGAUACCACCCCCACAUUGUAGCAGUCCCGAGCGUAUAGAAGAAGACGAACAGAGGAUAGAAAAUAGUUUUGCUGAUAGUAUUAAUCCACUAAUGUCAUUUACACCGGAAGAAAUAGAAAUUAUGGAUAAAGAAGUUGAAGAAGAUAUGGAUGAUCAAGAAAUGGAACCACCUGUUUUUGAUGUGGAGUAUGCAUAUGAUGAAGGGUGUGAUAAAGAAGCUGAGCAAGGAGGUUCUGAUUCCGAAGAUUCUAUGCACAACGAACGUGUUAUAAAUGAACCACUAAAGAAAAAAAAGAAAAUUUCUCACGAUAGUACUGAAGAUGAUGAUUCAUCAAGUGGUAAGGAAGAUACUCAGGAUGACGAUGAUGACGACGAUGAUCCUGUAACCCGUUUUAGAAGAGGCGAAAACUUACCCGAUGAUUUAGAUCUAGGUGAUAAUUCUCAAGAUUCAGUUGAAGAUCUUGAAAUAAUGGACAACGAAGAUGAUCGAGAGUGGAAUGCAAUGGGAGCCGCUCUUGAAAGAGAAUUUCUUUCUGAAUGA